AUGUCACCGAAACGACGCGUACAGCCGGACGAGGAGGAGCCCAAUGAGGUGGAGGUGAUUGCUAAGCGGCAGAAGAAGUUUGUGGCCUGUCAAAGGUGUCAUACCCAUAAAAUCAAGUGUUCGGGCGAGCAACCGUGCAGCAAAUGUCGCCAGGUCGGCUGUGCCGAUGAGUGCCAGUACGCGGCUCGAGACCGUAAGCUCCGAGUGAGCGAGGCUUACCUACAGAACCUUCUUGCAGAAAACCGCCGUCUAAAGGAACAAUCGGUUUCGGGAUCCACGACCGAGGCAAGCACUCCUCCUCCAGGCGCUGCCCGAGUACUGCUGCAGACACAGCCGUCACAUACUACCGAUCUCACCGAUGAAAGCGGUACGGCAGUCACAAACCCACUGAUCGGCGACCGGGCCUGGUUUCAUCCUUACGACCCGGCGGCGCCUCCCAUCUUCAUCGGGGAGGCGGCAUGCACGGCCUUUGCGACGCGGUUCCGCCGCUUUCUCACAGGGAGUAACACGACGCCGCACAUCCGGCGGACGCAGUAUGUGAGUGAGGAGGCGUUGGCGGCGGCAAACGCCACCCAGGUCCGCUGGCCUACCCUGCAGCAGGCACGGCUGCUUGUCAGGAUCGCGUUACAUCAGAUCGGGCGGCUGUACCACAUGCUGCUGCGCAAGUCGACGCUAGACAAGCUUGAAGAGAUCUAUCAGACCGGCGAGUUCGACUGUCCCAUCAACCAGGGCAAAUACUUUGCCCUGUUUGCCUUUGGCGAGGCGUACACCGUGCGAUCGGAGCCGGGCAUGGGAUCCAAAGUGCCGGGGACGUCGUAUUUUGCCCGCGCGUUGAGUCUCAUCCAGAUCCUGCCGGAGAGGACGAGCAUGGUCCACCUGGAGACCUUGCUCUUACUGUCUCUAUUUUCAUACUUUUUGAAUCGACGGCACUCGGCCUACAUUCUCAUCAGCAAUGCAAUGCGGCUGAGUCUCAAUAUCGGGCUGAACCAUAACAUCCCCGAAUCCCAGCUUAUCGAUCCGGUGGAACGACAACACCGCGUGCGCAUCUGGUGGACCAUCUACAUCUUCGACCGCGUGUGGGGGUCGAAGAUGGGCCUGCCGAUCCAGAUCCUCGACGAGGAUAUCCACGUCGACAUGCCCUCCGAUAUCCAUCCGCCCGAGUUGCAGAAGGAGCAAUUCUCCGACACCGAGUACUUCAUUGCCAACAUCAAACUGGCCCGGAUCGCCGGCGACACCAUCACCAUGCUGUACAGCCGGCGAAAGUACACUGAAACUUUCUUGCAGAGGGUGCAGAAGCUGCUCAAGGCGCUCAAGAACUGGCUAGAAACGCUGCCGGAACGCAUUCGUCUGACCACUGACGACGCGGAGACGAACAAGAAACACAUCACCUCCCUGCAUCUGUCAUUUAAUCAAUGCGUCAUCCUUGCAACCCGCCCGACGAUGUUACAUUUGCUGAUUACGUUGAGUGAGCACGACGCGCAUCCUCAAGACCACCCUUCCGACACCGUCUCGCAAGCAGUGCUGACGCUGGGCGAGGCGUGUAUCCACGCGGCCCGGCACUCGCACACGAUCAUCCUGGACAAGUGGAUCAAUGGAUCGCUACCCCCGUUCGGCUACUUUCAUGCGCAGUAUCUUUUCUCCUCGGCGUUGAUCCUGGCCAUGGCGUCGUUUGUUCCGCUCGGCGCCCCUAGUGACCUCGCCGCCUUCGAGACGGCGCUCGAAGUUUUGCGUUCCGUCAGCGCCAACGGCAAUCUUGCCGCGCUCGAGUUCUUCCACAACCUCGAGCAGGUGCGUGCAUGUCUGGGCACGUAUCGCGAGGAGCGCAGGAACUCGGGUUCCGCCCGCCACAACGCCAAGGGCCACGCCGCAGCGGCCAUCGGACCGGGAGGCGUGAGGGCAUCCCCGGUGCCGAGCCCCCGGGGCAGCACCACCACCAACCCGCCGGAGCUCGACAUGGCCCAUGCCCUUGCGCCCGUGAAUCCCUUCAGUGGGUUCACAACGGAGAUGGCGUUUCUGGAGCCGACGAUGCAGAAUUUCCUGGCGCAGAGUGAUUUUGACUUGGGCCUCAUGCACCCGAUGGACUCGCUGAUGAAUGACGCCGAGUCCUUGUAUACAUAUUUGACACCGGCUUUAUGGACAGAAUGA